AUGGAAACUUCCAAUAACAACAACACAUCGACUGACCCUUUCGCGCCUCGUCUCACACCUACACUCGCACCUCCGCCUACCUCUCAUACAGCAAGGAGCGUAUCAAUUACGAUGGAAGACUACAUUACAGAUGGUAAAGACGAUCAGGAGUUGGAUCUCAACAUGGUCCACGAUUUCGGUGGCGCGGAAGGGCUAGGUGUGGACAUGCGAGAUUUCACAAAUCACGAUCAAGAUGAAGAUCAUGAUCACAAGGACAGUAUCUUAGGUUAG